AUUCAAAAUUUUUAGUUUCGUUGAACGUUUAACAACCAACGGUCGGCUGUGUAGUGUUUGUGAAGAAAUAAUAAAUUUGCUGUCGGUUUCUACACACGAUUAUUUGUGGUUUUAUCAAAAAAGGAAUACCUGCGUACUUUUCUAUAGAUAUUUUGUAAUUUUUGUGAAGCUUAUCAACUUUUAAUUAAAAAUAUAUUAAACAAUAAAAAGAUAAAAUAAGAAAAAGAAAGAAAAAUGUCAGUGUCAAUGGUUUUGAGUGUUUUGGAUUCUACGUCUCCAGCAACUGUAAUCGACGAACAUUCUGAACAUUGUAAUGCCGUUACAAACAAUGUCAUUCAACGUGCUGGUGAGCCAACUGUCAUUACCUCGCCCACAGAACAAUGUCUUCCAUCGCCAAGAACAUUUACUGUCCAACUUGAUGCCAUUCUUGCACCCGAUGAAUAUGUCGGAUUGACCGGUGACUCCUUCGAGCUGGGAGCAUGGGAUCCAUUGAGAAGUGUUCAAUUGUCUGAGGUGGCUGCAAAUAUUUGGACCGGAAUCGUAAAUCUUUGCAGUCCCGGAAAAGUUCAGUAUCGCUACUUUGUGUACAGCCUGGACUCGUUGGGCCAUAUUCAGAUCAAGCGAUGGGAGUCCUACGUCGAGCCAAGAAAUAUUCGAACUUGCAAUCAUGGUUGCAUGAGGAUGGAUCAGUUUGGUAAGAUCGAAGAUCAGCAACAGAUCUCCCGUGGCUGGUUGACUAAUGAAACUGUCAUCCAACUGAAGUUCCUCAAUCGGGUGUUCUCAUUCGAGGGACAGACGCCAGAGAAGAUGUACCUUAAGAUAGUGCCUGUGGAAGAAGGCGCUGUCCUUCCAAAUUACAACGAGAGCCUAAGCAACGUUGAGGCUGUGAAUAUGAAAUAUGGAAGAAGUGUGCUAGAACGUCAAUCGGACCUUGGUGUGAUGUACGAAGGCGGAGAUAUUGUAGUGUUCCAGUUGACAAUUUCUGGGGGCCAGGAUAAUGAUACUUACGCCUUGGUUUUACAUUCUGAGGACCGUGAGCCAUUGGGACAUGCUUUGAUCUCUGCCGCUUCAAUGCCAGAAGAUGAUGGAUACAUCAACUUAAAAAUUGUAAGUCCUGAUGGGAGUGCGGACGUCGCCAGUGCCGAAUUGCCGUACGUCAUAAUUCGACCUUUACACGGUGGAAAGUUGAAUUUCCGCACCAGCUACGCCCACACUUGGCAGCCUCAGUGGGAGAAUCUACUCGUCGGCCAUUGUGGUGCUGGUUUGAGUUUCAUUCCCAAUGGAGCUCCAGUUCCCGAGAACACCAUAGCUUCAUACAAGCAGGCGUAUGCAUCAAAUGUCGACAUGAUCGAGCUCGAUGUGCAUUUAACUAAGGACUAUGUUCCAGUGGUGUAUCACGACUUCGAAAUCUAUACCGCUCCUAUUGGAGCUGAGCCAAAAUCGAAAGAGGAUUUGACUAAAAUCUUUCUCAAGGACAUAACAUACAACGAGCUUAAGGAAGUUCGCAUUUUCUCUGUGGCUGGGGGCAAGAUCAAGGAGUAUCCUUCUCACAACUCCGAGGAACGGGAAGACUACCGUCUGUUUCCAACUCUUGAGCAAGUCUUCCAGCAACUGCCCCUGGGUUUGGCUAUCAAUGUUGAGAUUAAAUGGCCACAGCUGUUGUUCGAUGGAUCGCUGGAAGCCGAUCAAAUGCUCGACAAGAAUCUUUUCGUGGACCUGAUUCUGUUGACUGCUUUGCGCAAUGGUUGCGGCAGGAUGAUCAUAUUCUCCUGCUUCGACGCCGACGUCUGCACCAUGGUCCGGAUGAAGCAAAACAUAUUCCCUGUGAUAUUUCUGACACUCGGCUGCACCGACAAGUGGCCGGCUUACGCCGAUCCUCGCUGCAAGGAUAUCGAAACAGCCAGUAGUAACUGUCAGGCUUUUCAGCUAAUUGGAGUUGCUGUUCACGCAGAAGACAUACUAAGAGAUCCUUCCAUGACUCGCUUGGCCACGGAUCUCGGCCAAAAAGUUUUCCUCUGGGGCGAUGAUAUAAAUUCCUUCGAACGUGUGCAGCUAUUCGAAGCAGCCGGCGUAACAGCAAACAUCUUCGAUCGAGCAGACCUCAUUGUUCCCAAAGAUAAAACGAAUAAUAUCUUCCGGACUGCCGAGACAAUAGAGUACUUCCGAGGGCAAUGCUCUCCGUCUCCAUAACAUGGCCACAGGUUUCUUCUGUUAAAUUAUAAACAAAAAGAACUCCUAAGAUACUUUAAACUGACCUAGAAACAUAAAAUAGGCAGUUGUUGACAAAAAAGAUGUUAGUCCAAGGAACACGAGCGCACUUUUGGUUAGGAUUAUUGAAAAUGGAAACCAAAGGUUUUAUUACAUUUAUGCUUAAAUGUAAAACUUUGACAAAUAAAAAUAAAAAAAAAAUAAAGUAAAAUGAUAUGCAAAAAAAAAUAAUAAAAGAAAAGAGGUAAUUAAAUUUCCCCAUGGGUAAAAUUAAGGCUGAAUCUAUAAAGCUCUAAAACUCUGCCACUGAUAAGUAAGUUGAAAUCACGGCUAUUUAAAUUGAGGGUCUUACCUCUUUAAGGUAUUCUACUAAAGGACCUUGUAAAUGGUCUUGAGAUUGAAUAAUUUUUGCAUGUUUACAGAAAAUAUUGUGCUUUGUUUUGAAAAUAAA